CCCCCCCCAAAAAAAGAAAAAGGAAUUAACUACUUCCAUCCCGAGCCGAAUCUCGUUCCUUGCUUGCCAGUUGCCAAUACGAACAUGGCACCCUCUAUAUCUCCGUAUUCAUCGCGUUUCACAUUCGAACAAAAUCUACACUAGUUCGUUGGAAAUAUAAUAAUCGGAGAUCUUUUUGGCUGACCGGGUAGAGAAAAUCCAGAAAAAACCCUAGUCAGACGGGCAAGGAGACUGAUCUUAUUUCUACAGGAUCGCAGUUGCGAAGCGGACGCGGAAAAACCCUUAGUUCGCACUUCGUGAUUGGGAGUUGGGAUCAGCCAGCAUGCGCUUAGAGUAGGUAGAUGUAAAUGAGGAAAUUCCAUCGGUGCACGAGGAUUUUCAUCCUCUCUUUGCUCGUCAUCUCCGUUUGUGUUCCUAUCUGCUUCCUGUCUAACAGGAUUAAAAGCGUUCAUGGUGAUGAGCCGGGAGAAUUUAUUGAAGAUUUAUCGCUUAUUAAGCAUAGGACAGAGGCUCAUAUUGCCAGUGCAUUAGAGGAGGAAGAAAGCAAAGGUGUGAAAGAGCCACUCAUGGUUGUUUACAAAGAUGACAAGUUUAGUUCUGAUUCUUUAAUUGAGAGUAAUAGGACCGGUGAAUCAGAAAACACAAAGAAUGCUACCUUGGGAGAAAGUGGAAUCAUGCAAAAUGUAGAAGAAGAGAAUCAACAUAGUCAGCAUGAGGAAGUUGUACGAAAUUCAAAAGAAAAUGCACAGUCUGAGCCUAAAAGGGUUCAACAUGAUCAGAGUAGAAUCUCACAUUCCCAGAAGACAUCAGAUGUGAAGUUGAAGGAGAUGAAAGACCAGGUUAUUAGAGCAAAAGUAUACCUGAGUUUUGCCCCACAAGGUAGCAAAUCUCAUUUUGUGAAAGAGAUCAAGAUGCGAAUCAAAGACCUGGAAAGAGCUAUGGGUGGAGCUACUAAGGAUUCUGAUUUGUCUCGGAGGGCUGUGCAGAAGAUGAAAGCCAUGGAGGCAACCUUAUCAAAAGCUAGCCGCAUGUACCCUGAAUGUGCACCUAUCAUGAAAAAACUUCGCGCUAUGACAUAUAAUGCUGAAGAGCAGCUCAGAACACAAAAGAAUCAAGUUGCAUUUCUUGAAGAGCUAGCUGGAAGAACUACACCUAAGGGCCUACAUUGCUUCUCCAUGCGGUUGACAGCUGAAUAUUUUGUCCUGAUGCCUGAAGAGCGGGAAUUCCCUAACCAACAUAAGUUGCAUAAUCCAGAUCUAUAUCACUUUGCUGUUUUCUCUGAUAACAUUUUGGCAUGUUCUGUUGUUGUCAACUCAACCAUUUCAUCUGCUAAGGAUCCUGAGAAAAUUGUCUUUCAUAUAGUCACAGAUUCAGUUAGCCUCCCUGCAAUAUCAAUGUGGUUUUUGUUGAACCCUCCGGGCAAAGCAACAAUUCAUAUCCAAAGCAUAGACAAUAUCAAAUGGUUAUCCACCAAAUAUGAUGCAAAUUUGCAGAAGCAAGGGUCACUUGAUCCAAGAUAUACAUCUGCAUUGAACCACUUGCGGUUUUAUUUGCCAGAUAUUUUUCCUUUGCUCGACAAGCUUGUGUUUCUUGACCAUGAUGUAGUUGUGCAAAGGGAUCUCUCAGCACUUUGGAGAAUUAACAUGAAGGGUAAAGUGAAUGGUGCUGUGCAGACUUGUAAGCAAGGAGAGCCUUCAUUCCGUCGGAUGGAUGCAUUUAUUAACUUUACUGACCCCAUGAUGGCAAAGAGGUUUGGUGUGGAAACCUGCACAUGGGCAUUUGGGAUGAAUUUAUUUGAUCUGAAGGCAUGGAGGCAGCGAAAUUUAACCGCAGUCUAUCACAAGUACUUGCAGCUGGGAAGUAAGAAGCCAUUGUUGAAAGCUGCUGGUACUUUGCCAAUUGGUUGGAUAACCUUUUACAAGCACACAGUGGCUCUAAACAGAAGUUGGCACGUCCUUGGUUUAGGUUAUGAUUCCGGUGUGGUGCGGGGCGACAUUGAGCAGGCUGCAGUCAUUCAUUAUGAUGGAAAAAUGAAACCAUGGUUAGAUAUUGGGCUCGAGAAGUAUAAACCUUAUUGGAGGAAACAUGUGAACUAUGAACACCCCCAUCUACAACAGUGCAACAUACACACUUAAUCACAUAUCCAACAAAAGAAGCUUGAUUCAGUCCUCACACACUAUUUUUUGUCAACACUUAAUAGAUCAUAGUUUGUGUAAAUUUGAACAAAUCUUUUUCCGGCCAAAUUCUUACCGGAACUGACCGCAUUCUUGCAAUAAUAUGGGGUACCAAUUACCAAAUACUUCAGUG